UUCUUUAUACUGUUCGACUGAUUUAAAAAUAAUUAUCUUUAUUUAUCCUUUGUCGCAUGUGGCUUCUACGCUUAAAGAGCCGUAUGCUUUUUUAUUGACAUUCUGGCAAAGUGUGUCGCGUGCGUUUACACAAAACGGCUUCCAUGACGGUUCAUAGGUUCAGGAAGUUUUGAAGUUCAACGAACAAAGGUGCUUUUGUCAUUUGUACUAAUGGCGUUGCUGAAACCAAUGUUAAAACAGUUUUAAAUGAUUUAACAUACUUGGAAUGAUCAAUAGAAAGGACGAAUCUGUAAACUUGACGUAAUUACGUUAUGGCUCGAUAGUUUAAUUACUUUGUCCUCGUUUUCCACAUGUUUUCGUUAUUAUGGAACCUGUACGUUACAUAAAGUAACGUCUGAUGUAAGCUAUCGAUAUUAUUUAAAUUCCUGUAAGAGGCCAUUAAGUAUUUGAUUAAUGAUUUUAUAAGCAGUUUCAUAUUUCUUAUAUGGGUAUUGACGAUUUGAAAAGGAACGUUAAUUCGCUUCAAUAAAAUUGCAAAAAUUUCCAUAACGCUGGCACAUGAAGUAUCUUAAUAUCAUCCCCUUUUAUGAUAUAUUAGUUACAGCAUUCAUAUCAAAUGUAAAGCGGCCUUUUAACGUACAUUUACAUAAGUUCCAACAGGGAGUCAAGUCGCCAUAAUCGACUAGCAAAUACCACCGUAGUACGCUUAUAUAACGCUCGUAGAAAUAUUUCGCAAUAUAUCCGCAGCGUCCCUAACCUCAUUUUUCGAAAUUUCCACCUCUGACACGUGCAAGUGCAUUCCAUUAAGAAUCCACUUUAUACAUUUUUCUCUAAAGACAAUUCUGCCGCCGGGUAAAAAAUGGUAUCUACACAUUUUUAAAAUCUUUAUAAAAAUUCUGAAACAGAUUUCCAUCGAAUAAACUGUAAUUACAACGUGCUAACAAUGACCUCGUACGAGGUCGGAUCAAUAAUAAUCGUGCGUCUGUAAAUUAGUAUCUUAAACAAUUAUUACCUUUGAUCAUCCAAUAGGAAAGUUCUGAUGCAAAAUGCAAUGUCAAAUAGUUUCGCAACGUUUAAAAAUUUCGAGUAUACAUUGCGAAACAUGAUAAAAGAAUAAUAAUGCACUUAUCGUCGGGCACGAUCCCUUUUUACAACCGUCAAUUAAGAUUACACCAAGAGUAACGAUUGAUAUCAUCAUUAAGUGCAGUCUUACGACGCUCACGACGCUCACGACGCCAAUCGUUGGCCUCGUUCGAUCUAACAUUACGCGUUUCAUUCGCCUUGUAAAUCCGCAGCUUCUUCGCUCAAACACAUUGAUGAAUUCCUCACACCACGUCAUCCUUGCCUGCAGCCUCCUAGUACCUUCAUAAAUUCUGAGACUGCUGAAAAAUCUCAAUAGACAUUCCGUCCAUCGACUGGAGGUUACCUGUGUGGGUCUCCUGAGGUUUAUGUAAUUCAAGCCGACUUGCACACACGAGCAGAGCCAUGUAGGACACAGUGGGAAGGUUGGUGGGUAGGUUGGUACCUCGUGAGAAGGUUCCUGCUUGGCAAGUGCACAUCGAGACUUGGUUAAGCCCGCAGUGUCUUUCACAUUCGUCCAAGUUUUCUUGCAUCCUGGAGCAAGGGAAUCCGCGUUGCGUCAUCGUUACCGACCGACUGGCUGCGUGCGUGUGUGCGUGUGCGCAUAAUCAAAGGGUGGGACGAGAAAAGGAAGAGAACGUUUCCUCGAGAGAAGCCAGAUCGUGGUCACCGACUCAUGAUUGUCAUCAGCGUAGUCAACGUCUAGGAUGGAUCGUAGCGAGAGUGGAAACGAGGGUGGCAGUUCACCGGACACCGUGAUUGGCCGUUCCUCGUCGGAGGAGGACAUGAAGAGGAAUCCUGGUAACACUUCCGGUGAAUAUGUUACGGUGGGGGACAGCAAUUCCAGCCUGGACACAGUAUCCGGUCCAGGAGUUGGCAUGGAGGAGAAGAAGAAAGGCCGUUUCGGAUCGCUCAAGAGCAGCUUCCGGAAGGAGGGUGGUAUCUUCAAGAUCAAGAAAAAGACUUCGUCGCUGGGAAAGCUUGAAAAUGAAGCAUCGCUCGAAGUUGAUCCUGAAGGGGGUUCACCUAGCAAAGAAGCCGUGCGCAAGAAGGAAGUGGAUAAGAAGAAGACCAAGAAGAAGUCGAAUUCCAUAGUGAGGAAGCUCAGUCUGAACAAAUUCAAAAUGUCCAGCGAGCAGGAACCACGACACACGCCCGAGGGUGGAGACAGUAGUAGGUCCCAGAGCCAAUCGUCCCAGGAGUCGCCCUAUCAUUCAGCGGACAGCCCCCUGAAGCUCUCGAGGAAGGGGCACCAAGCCGUUCAGGGACUUCCACUUCCAGAGUGCGAUAAGCCUGAGAAGGAGAGGUCUGACGAAAGGCUCGAGGAAAGAUCGGAGAAGAUCGAGAAACCCGUGAGCACAGUCACCGUAGUACAACGAAAAUCGCCAUCGCUGACCAUACGCAGUACCAUUCCUGCCGGCCUGGAAGAUACCAGGAGUCACGACUCACCGAAUCGAGAGAAGCACACCCAGACGUCGGAGAACCAGAGUAAAAUCCACUGCAGCGUGUCGACAUUGCCAUACGCCAUUUCAAAAUGGCCGGAGCAAGCCGUCCAGGACGCGCGGCUGGAUCCCUCGAAGAAGCCUAAACUGUCGGUAAAGUCGGAUUCGGAAUCUGCUGUACCGCCGAAAACACCACCUGCCGAGUUACGGAGGAAGCUGUCCCUGCUCGAGGAGAAGCGAGCGAUUUUUCAACGGCGUCGCUACGACACUUCCCACGAUACUUCCGACGAGACCGUGCAAGCUCACACCGUAGACGACGAAACGGCUGCCAGACUUUCCGUCGCCAGCGGAAACGACGACACGAAGCGUCGUGCGCGUCACAUAAGCGUACGGAAAUUCGACACCUUCUCCACGUUCGAGGGCACCUUCGACGAAGAUACCGGCGUCGGUUAUCUGGCUGGGAUCGAGGAGGACUUCGCCGAGAGCGUCGAGCAUCUGAGCGACAGUUUCGCUAGUGCAGACGCCAUGCCGACACAUACGGUCGGAGAGUCCAGCGAGAAAACUCGUUCCAUCAGUCAGGAUAGCGGGUCGUCGCAGAACAAUGCCCCGAGUGCGGGUCUGGGCGAGAAACGCGAACAUCUCUACAAGAUCUUGGUGAUCGGUGAAUUGGGAGCUGGCAAAACGUCGAUCAUCAAGAGAUACGUUCAUCAAUUUUUUUCGCAACAUUAUAGAGCGACCAUAGGCGUUGAUUUUGCACUGAAAGUCCUCAAUUGGGAUCCACAUACGAUAAUAAGAUUGCAACUGUGGGAUAUUGCUGGUCAGGAGCGGUUUGGAAAUAUGACCAGGGUGUAUUACAAGGAAGCAGUGGGAGCAUUCAUUGUUUUUGACGUAACGAGAAGCGCCACUUUGGAUGCUGUUGUAAAGUGGAAACAGGAUUUGGAUUCAAAGGUACAACUUCCGGACGGUUCACCUAUUCCAUGCGUUCUUCUGGCCAACAAAUGCGAUCAGCAGAAAGAAGGUUUGGUCAAUUCACCAGGUAAAAUGGAUGAUUACUGCAAGGAGAAGAAUUUUGCCGGCUGGUUCGAGACGUCGGCCAAGGAGAAUAUUAAUAUUGAGGAGGCAGCCAGGUUCCUUGUCAACAAAAUACUCCAGAACGAUCAAAUAAUAAAGGGAAAUGGCACUCAGGAGCAAAGCGACGGUGAAAGAUUCGCACUCAAUCAAUCGCCCACGAGCACUAAGAAAUCAUGUUCCUGCUGACGAAGUGGCUCGCCCGAUCAUCCACAGAAGUCAUCGCAUUCCGUUACCUGGACAGUUCUCAUCGUCGAUCCUCGAUUGAAACAUUAAAAGACUGUUUCGCUAGCUCUAAUCGCGCCAAGAGUAUCUUACGAAACGUUAUUAAUAUUAAUUAUAACAUUGAUAAUCAUCGACGAUACUUAAUUACAUCCGCGUACGGUAAUAUUCAUGCCGAUACCUAUACGGAUAUAAAAAUCGUUGGCCUAUUCAAGUUAUCAUUUUUACAAUCUUAAGAUCAUUGCCUUCAGCAUCCGUUUUUCUAGAAUCUUCCAACCUUACCAGUAAGAAUUCCUUUGGCGAAUGCUUCUUAAAUAUUGUAAAUCAUCAUUUCAUCAUAUAGGUCGUACAUGGUUAACUUCCUUAUACGUAUAGAUGCGCCGCCGUUCAAUAUGCUUAUUUUUGGUAUCCCAUGCGGUAAUUCCCACGCAUUGAUAGACGAUCACAUUUAUGAAUAAGAUUGUAGAAGAAUAGGUUGAUUGGAUUGAUAUCGCGUGUACACGCGAUUUAGACUAUAAUCAUGUUUGUUGAGAAAACAAAAGACAAAAAUCAUAUGCAUUCACUGACCAAGGCAAUUCAAUCCCAAUGGAGAUUUAUUCGAUAAUCAUGUCGUGCGCCAUUAACGAGUGCCAUUUUUUUUCUUUUCUCUUUUAGAAAUUUGCCGAAAAUUUUAAUUAUUUACAUGCCGAGUAUCACGCAGAUCAUUAUUAAUACGUAUUGGUUACGUAAAUUGUAUCUAACAAAAAUAUUUUCUUUUCUUUCAUUUCUUCUGUCUCUGCCGAUACAUUCCACUCGGGUCUCUCGUUUCACACUCGCAAACUGUCACGAGCUUGGAAACAGGAAGACCCGUGGUAGCCAUUUUAAAUUGAAGACUUCGAAACGCAUUUGAAGAUUUUAAAAUAUUUCUUCGCAAGCGACGUUGUUACUUUCUCUUUCGAGAUCUGCAACGUUGCUCGAGAUAAUUUAAACGAAAUUGUUGUUGUUGACGACGGAGUAAUAUAUAUACACAAGAAAGAUUUAUAUAUAAUAUACACGUAUAAAUUGAACUAAAGUUUGAUAGUGACGAGGGAGAGAAAAAGUUAUUAUAAAUAAUAAUAUAUUUAAGUACAGGCGACAAUGAAUAUUGCUGUAAAUAAUCAAAUCCCUUUUACGUAACGAUAUUUUCUGUCUUCUUUUUCCUCACACGCUGAUCAAUGUCGACCCUUUUAUGGCAACUUUGCAAUUUUAUAUCUAUGUACGUAGAGGUUACGCGACAAGGAUAUAUGCAAUAACUAUUAUAAUAAAAUGUCACGCGCGAAUAUAUUUAUAUCGGCGCAGGCGUACCUGCGCCCGCCAUUACUAAACAGUAUGUCUGUCUACCAUUAUUUCCUUUUUCUAUGUAAUAGACGCAGCAUUAUUAAAUUAUAUUCAAUUGUUAA